AUGGCUCGCAGGGUAGCGACGUUUAACGUUGUCUGCGUGGCUUUGGCAGUUGUCUGUCUGUUCAUCCUAGCUCCUACCUGUGGCUUGACUGGUUUAUUCCGCGAACACAUCCUUGCUUCUGAAUCAUUCAACCCGGAUGCACUUAGCACUGUCUGCCCUCAGACGUCGCCCAUCUCCCCCUUUGGCCACUCCGCUUUGUUGGCUGCCCUCGAGGAGGAGUAUGCGACAACUGACUUUCAGCUGGAGGCAUAUGAAAGCCUUGGAGGUGCUAUACGCAUUCCGACUGUUGCAUAUGAUGACUUGAAACCUCCUGGACAGGACUCGCGAUGGGAAAUAUUCAGCGAGUUACAUGCCUACCUAAAAACCCGUUUUCCUUUAGUCCAUACGAGAUUACUAAAGGAGGAAGUCAAUGUCUAUGCCUUGGUUUAUCAUUGGCAGGGGACAGAUGAUUCUCUGAAGCCCAUGCUCUUGACGGCACACCAAGAUGUAGUCCCCGUUGAACCACUAACGCUUGACUCCUGGGUUCAUCCUCCUUUCUCCGGUCUUUACGAUGGUGAAUGGAUCUGGGGUCGUGGCAGCUGCGAUGAUAAACCGGGUCUUAUUGGUAGCUUGACUGCGAUAGAGAAGCUUCUUGAGAAAGGAUUCCAACCGACAAGGACAGUUGUGCUUGCGUAUGGCAUAGAUGAAGAACGUGGUGGAAUCUCCGGUGCUACCGCUAUAAGGGACUAUCUCUUGGUUACGUAUGGCGAGAAUGCCUUCUCAAUUCUCGUGGACGAAGGCGGAGGGUACAGUGAGGAAAAUGGCGUAAUGAUCGCGAGCCCAUCUGUAGCAGAGAAGGGAAAAUUCGAUGUUCACAUGGAAAUCACUACUCCUGGAGGACACUCAAGCAUUCCACCUCCUCACACCAGCAUCGGCAUACUUGCUGCCUUAAUUAAGCAGAUUGAAGUCAAUCCCCACACACCUCAGAUCCGGCGGAAUGCCACAUACUACCAGUCUCUCCAGUGCCGGGCUGCGUAUGACCCAGGACUUCCGAAGAAAAUCAGACAGCUCGUCAGAAAGUCCACGAAGGACGAUAAGGCACUGCGGGCUCUCGAGGCUGAGUUGGCACACACAGAUCGCUCAUUUGGAGCGAUGGCUGGGACGACUCAGGCGGUCGACAUCAUUCACGGUGGCGUAAAGACGAACGCGCUCCCUGAAAAUGCAUUCCUCAUCAUGAAUCACAGAAUCGAUUUGUCGAGCUCAGUUGCUGACCUCAAAGCCCGCGUUGCGAACGUCGUUGUGCCUCUGGCGCAGAGCUUCAAUUUGUCCGUCGACGCCUUUGGUGUACAGUAUGGGGACGUGGAGCGAGGGGCUGCCUUCGGCCAUCUUGCUAUCUCAGAUGCCUUCGGAACUGCGCUGGAACCAGCUCCAGUCACUCCGACUGUUGGCAGUAGACCUUACGAGCUACUCUCUGGCACGAUCAUGGGUGCAUUGGGAUCUUCUAACCGCACAGGUUACACUGAUAAAGUCUUUAUUGCUCCUGGGAUGUCCACUGAUACCAAGCAUUACUGGAAGUUGACUAGACACAUCUUCCGUUAUGGGCAUAUGAACCAUGCGGACUUGUAUAAUGGUGCACAUACUAUUAACGAAGCUUCGAGAGCAGAGGGCUUUCUGGAAGUGAUUAGAUUCUUCACUUGGCUCAUUCUGAACGGAGAUGAAUCGUCCCUCCUUGAGUGA